UUGGCCGAAGGAGCCGGAACCGCGAUGCCUCCUCGCCGCCGCCCCACCUGCCCGCGGGGAGGACCCUGAGAGGGGGAAAGUCCCGUCCCAGCAGCACCAGCCGAAAGAGAGAGAGAGAGAGAGCCCUUCUUCGCCUCUCUUCCUGGCCCUCCUUCGGCCCCAUUCUGCCCCAAGUCCCGAAGUUGCACCUCGGCAGCGACAACACGGCGGCGUCAGCCGACUUCUUCCCCUUCCUCUGCCUGCCCAUGGAUAUGCACUGCAAAGCAGACCCCUUCUCCGCGAUGCACCCAGGGCACGGGGGUGUCAACCAGCUCGGGGGGGUCUUCGUGAACGGCAGGCCCCUUCCCGACGUGGUGAGGCAGCGCAUCGUGGAGCUGGCGCACCAGGGGGUCCGGCCCUGCGACAUCUCCCGCCAGCUGCGGGUCAGCCACGGCUGCGUGAGCAAGAUCCUGGGCAGGUACUACGAGACGGGGAGCAUCAAGCCCGGCGUGAUCGGCGGCUCCAAGCCCAAAGUGGCCACCCCCAAAGUGGUGGACAAGAUCGCCGAGUACAAGAGGCAGAACCCCACCAUGUUCGCCUGGGAGAUCCGCGACCGGCUACUGGCCGAAGGCAUCUGCGACAACGACACCGUCCCCAGCGUGUCCUCCAUCAACAGGAUCAUCAGAACCAAAGUGCAGCAGCCUUUCCACCCAACACCAGAUGGGAGUGGGACAGGAGUGAGUGCACCUGGACAUACUAUCGUUCCCAGUACAGCAUCCCCUCCCGUCUCCAGUGCCUCCAAUGAUCCAGUGGGCUCCUACUCCAUUAACGGGAUUCUGGGAAUUCCUCGGUCGAAUGGUGAGAAGAGGAAACGUGAUGAAGAAGUAUCCGAAGGCUCAGUCCCCAACGGCGAUUCCCAGAGCAGUGUGGAUAGUUUGCGGAAGCACCUUCGUGCCGACACUUUCACACAACAGCAGCUGGAAGCUUUAGAUCGAGUCUUCGAGCGUCCUUCUUACCCAGAUGUGUUUCAGUCAUCAGAGCACAUCAAAUCUGAGCAGGGUAAUGAGUACUCCCUCCCAGCUCUGACCCCUGGUCUAGAUGAAGUCAAGUCAAGUCUAUCCACCUCUGCUAACCCAGACCUGGGGAACAACGUGUCAGGACCCCAGACAUACCCUGUAGUGACUGGUCGUGAUAUGGCAAGUACAACUUUGCCUGGGUAUCCACCCCAUGUACCACCAACUGGACAGGGCAGCUACCCAACCUCAACUCUUGCAGGAAUGGUGCCUGGGAGUGAAUUCUCAGGAAAUCCUUACAGCCACCCUCAGUACACAACCUACAAUGAGGCCUGGAGGUUCAGCAACCCUGCACUACUAAGUUCCCCUUAUUAUUAUAGUGCCACAUCCCGGGGCUCCGCACCUCCCACUGCUGCCGCUGCCUAUGACCGCCACUAGUUACCAUGGAAACCACAUGAAACUGCAGGGUGACAGCCUAGGCCUCCAUAUUGUACCUGUCUGAUGAACAUUCUGCACCCCUUGGAAGGAUGAAGAAAAUCGCUCCAUGUCCAUCAACCACUCCCUCCUACCCCACCCUCAUCUUUUGAGACUGCAGGACAUACUGGGAUGUCACGUUUGCUACCACCAGAUCGAAAACUUCAUGUCCUUUGCAGUCCAAGCAAGCAAGUUUAUUAGAGGAUGGCAAAGACAGGCCUGUGAUCAAUUCUCCUGCUGCUGCUGUGGCGGCUAAUGCCACGGCAAUACUUCUGACUGUCCCACAUGAAUUGUUCUUUGACUCCCCGGCCUUCCGUUCCUUCCACACGAGGCUUCCCCGACCCCAAACUGUGAGAGGAGUCUGAGCAAUAGAGUCUGCCCUCUCUUCCUUUGGACUGAUGCAGACAGGAGUUCGCAAAGGUGACGACUGCUGACAACCCAUUGUGUCCCUCAGAAAUGCUCUUCUGUGAAAAACACUUCAGAACGAGAACAGGUUCCUGAAGCCACAAGCUUGGCUUAUUGUGUUACCAAGGAGGCGUUCCACAAGGUUUUCUGUGAGCCAUCCACUCCAAUUUCUCCAUAGGUUGGUUAAAAGAAUUAGGCCUUGCUUUCCGCACAGUUUCAUCCGAAGACUGAUGGUGUCCAUCCAGUAUAUCAUAAUUUUGCAGGCGGGCAUUUGGGAGGAAGCCAUCCCCACGUAACAUAAGCGUAAGAUUCAAGUCAGACAGGAGACUGGAAUGAUGUCAACCAACCAAUGGCAAAAUGAAGAACUAUAUAAAUAGAUAUAUAAAAAAUAACUUUUUAAUGCUUUGUCCUUAAGGUCUGUAAAAAGGAGGAAAAAAAGAACAACCCCCCAGUUUUCUAAAAGCAAGACGUUCCAGCGAAACUAAACUGAAACACCAUCCCAACCUCAAUGGUAGACAUUAUUUCUGAACAAUAAUUCUCCCCUUUCAUUCAUUCUUUUUUCUGUUUUCAGUGGGCAUGUCCAUGCGAGGUAGAGAAGAGUGCCAGCGCAUUAUUUGAGGGCACUGGUCACACUACUCAACUCUAGUAAAAACCAGGAAAGCGGGGGAAGUUAAAUCUGCUGCCCUGGCCCUCUCCCUCCACAACAUUUCUUUAGCAAGUUAUCACUGCAAAAAAUAAAUAUUAAAAUUAUAUAUUGCAGGGGGCUGGUCACAUUUUGGGGCACAUAACAUUGAACCAAAACAAUUUCUUGGUUCUUUAGCAACCAGAUUCUGCCAUAUUUUCACACUGAAGAACUACAUGGGGUUCACUUCUCUCAAUGAAGCUAUAGUAUUCUGAAAUAAGUGACACAAAGAAAUUAAAAAAUGUAAUUCCUACUUGCUCCCACAUUUUGACCAGGUCUCAUAACACUCAGCACAGCACUUUUCCUGCUCUUAGGACUAUCCAUUUCCUUGUUUCUGAAUGAACAAUACUGGGCAGAAUGGGGAUCUCUAACAAUGUCACUUGCUUUUCUAGAGACUAAUGUCUUCCCUUGGUGGACUCAUAGAUGAAAACACAGUAAGUGUUCUACAGAAGGUUGCUGUGCAAAAGGAGUAGUUAUGUAUCAUUGGUCUCAUCUACACUACCAUACAAUCCAGUGUCUGAAUUCCAAUUAUCUGCUUUGAACUGGAUUAUAUGGCAAUAUAGACUCAUAUAAUCCAGUUCAUAGCAGAUACUCUGAAUUCAGAAACUGGAUGAUAAGGCAGUGUAGAUCCAGCCAUUCACUAUCCCAGGGCGCACAAUCCUUUUGGCCUUGAGGGCUAUAUCCAAUGGGUAGUGCAGGGCACAGCACAUGUGUAAAUACAGAUACCGGAAACCAGGUUCACUGAUGAACAGGAGAGCCUUGUGCUACAAGUAGAAGGAAAAUUGUGAUGUGGGAAGCUAGGAAUAAUCUCCCCCACCCCCACCAGCCACUUGAUUGAGAUGUGGGUGGGCUCCUAUUGAUUUUGGCUGAAGGGCACAGUAUUCAUGCAAAUUUCAUAAGCAAAGGAGACUGACAACAUCCAGUUGAAUGGGAUGUAAAGGAGAGAGAAAGUCUCAAGAUGUAAACAAUUGGUUUUAUUCUCUGCCUCCUCACCCCCAUCCUCCAUAAAUCCCAGUGCUUUUCAGCCAAUACAUAUUUACAUGACUGUCCUCAGGGGAGUGUUAAAGAAAAGAGGAAGACAUGCAAACAUUAAUACAAAACAUGAGCGGAAUAGAUUAAAAAUGUCACAGGAUACAUAUGCCUUAUAUUAACUUCCACAUGAAAUGAUAUCUAUGAAGAUUGCUACAGUCAGCAAAAUAGUAACAUGCAUAUGAAAGAGGACAUUCCACAUAUUUAUAAAGCAAUCUGCAGAGAUUACGAAAAGUGGACCUCCAAUCCUGCAAAUGACAACUAGUAUUUUCCAGAUUAGAUGGUAGAAUAUUAUAGAGUUGGAAUGUUUCUUUUCUUGUAUCAACAUAUCCACAAGCCCCUAACACAUAAGUACUCUAAUAUAGUGUUUCUCAAACUCCGAUCCUCUAGGUCAGUGGUUCUCAACCUGUGGGUCCCCAGAUGUUUUAACCUUCAACUACCAGAACUCCUAACAGCUAGUAAACUAGCUGGGAUUUCUGGGAGUUGUAGGCCAAAACAUAUGGGGACCCAUAGAUUGAGACCCACUGCUCUAGGUGUUUUGUACUUUAGCUCCUAUGUCAGCUGUUAGGAAUUGUGGGAACUGAUGUCUCAAACAUCUGGAGGAGCAGCCUUUGAGAAACACCGCUCUAAUACAUUUUCUCUUAAUGCAAUACAUUAUACAUAGGCAAAUUAUUUAAAGCAUGCAUAAGGCACCAUUCAGAAACAUUAAGAACAAGAAAUCAGUCUGCUAAAUCACAAUUCAUUAAAGGUAAUAUAAGGCAUUUGUAUAUAAUAUUUUUGAUAUAUUCAGUUCAUGAUUUGUAAUAUAGUUGUCCAUCCUUUCACUUUUAACAGUCCUUCAAGAAGGAUCAUACAAACACUGUUCAGCCAAACCAUAAGAAGCUUUUUUUCUUUUUUGAAUAUUGGAAAAAUAUACAUCCCAAUGUUCUGUGUCUCCUUUGUUAUCAAACUCAGAUUUCAUAACCAUAUUAUCUCCUUUUGCAAGCAUACUAAGAAGCAUCCUAUUGCUAAAAUUGCAAUGUAUGCAAACUCUCAAAUGUUAGAAUUGAAAUAAACAUGCAGAUAGGACAACUUUAUGCAAACCAGGCAUAUCUGCACUUAUUGUUUUUAUUUUAAAAUGUUUGUUUGAAUCCAACAUUUCCUCCAGCCAUGUUCCUAAUGCUCCAACCAGUGAGCAAUCUUUGCUGAUUCCUCCUCUGCAGCCUCAAGACCAUCUCCAGUGUUUAUCUAGAGCAGUGGUUCUCAAUCUAUGGGUCCCCAGAUGUUUUGGCCUUCAACUCCCAGAAAUCCUAACAGCUGGUAAACUGGUUGGGAUUUCUGGGAGUUGUAGGCCAAAACACCUGGGGACCACAGGUUGAGAACCACCGAUCUGGAGGACCCUUAAUAACACCUGGAAUGGCCUUUCAUGGGUAGGGGUAGGAGUAGAGGACUGCAGAUCAAGGAGGGAUCAGCACAGCUAAGAUGCCUCCCUUAUUCUACUAUUGGAAAUGCACUACUGCUUCAGAAACUGUCUAGACACAGCAGAACGCUUCCUUCUACACAGAAUAUAGAUCUGGAUGUGUAGGAGCUGGGGAAGGAAUUGCAUUCUGCUUAAGAAGAAAAUGGCAGAUUAUAGUCCAGGCACAGCUAUCUUGAAUACAUCUGGGGAGUAAGAUCAAAGCAGAUAAUUCUUCUAGGGCUACAGUUUUCAAAAAGUAAAGCAGGAGUAAGCAGUCCAGGGAAGACAAAAACAUCCUUGCCACCUCUCCCUAGUAUCACAAGGGAAGCCAAGAGGCAGGGGGUGAAGUCACAUUCACAUAAGUAUAAAAAGGGAGGUUUUGUGCCCCGUUUUUUCUACAAAUUGCCAAUACAGCAUGGAAAUAAGAAAUGACUGUCAUAGGAGAGGAGGUUAUCUUGUUUCACAGGCCUCUUCCACGGGAUUUUAAAAAGCAUGUUGCUAAACAGGAGCCCCAUGGCGCCUUUCCAAGCUUCUGUGUGGCCCCAGAGCAGCUUCUUUUUAAUUCCUCUGUAAUUCAGAGGACACUGAGUUGUGGAUGCUCAUAAAAACAAGCCUUUCUGUUCCACCCCAGUCUAUAUAUUCAUGUUUGUGCUUUAUAUAUGCCAUUAUCACCCUCCAAAUUAUAAAAUGAAGUACAAAAAUCUUUCUGUAAAUAUACUUGCUGUUUUGUCUCUUCCACAGCACACAAUUGGGGUGACCAAAAAGCAUUUCAUUAUCAUAUCUAUAUCCAAAUUCAGGCUUCUUUAAAGUUUAAAAACACAAGGACAGCCACUGCUCAUGCAUAUGCGGUAUUUAAAACCCUGUUUUUAAAGGAGGGGAUUUCAUUUGUCCAUUGACUAGUUUUGAAUAUGAUUCCCAAAAUGUUGCUGUUGGUGGGACCAACAGCAACGUGCCCCUGAAGUCCAGCUGUUCCUGGUUUCAUGUUACACAUCCAAGACAGGAAGGAAAAGUUAUACAAAUAUUGGCAUAUUUCAGUUACGUAAAAUUCUCAGGUCCAGAAAAAUGUAUGUGAAGGAAAGAACAGCUGACAACAAUUCGACUUUUCAUUCAUCGCCUUUCACUUAACACUGGUAGGAUCGAGGGAGAAUGUGUAUCACUUCACCACGGCUGGGUUAGUUUCAGGGCCAUUAAAAUCCUGUUCAGUUUAGCCUGCCUUGAUUGUAAGGAAGGGUAAGCAGUUCUGUCUAGAACAUCCUAUGCAAAGGACCAGGCUGUGCCUUGGCCUUUUCCACCACCUCUUCUCAAGAACCAGCUGUGAAUGUGGGUAGUACAUUUGCCAAAGACUGUUUAAUGUUGGCACCUGGUUGUUCUGAGUUAUGGUUCAUGGAUUGCAUUGUAAAGCAGUAUUAUUGUUGAGUUUAGGAACCGACAUGGGGAUUUAUGUGAUGAUGCUAUACAAAAGACAACCAUCGGUAUCCAUAUAUAUCCCACCGGUCUGGACUAUGCAGAAAACACAAAGAUUCUAUCAAUUAUUUAAUAUUUUGUUAUUUGCGGGGGAAAUUACUGCUUUGUAGGAAGAUGAUGUGUGUAAUGUGAAGGCAAUUCCUCUUGUAUAUAAGCCCAUUCUGCAUCUUCAUCUUGCUAGUGAUUGAAACAGACUCACCUCAUUGUGUAGAUAAGGCACACAUUCUCUGUACUGUUCAAAUCUCAUUGUGCUCACUGAAAACAAAUCUCUGUGUUCAAUAAAGCACAGGACAAAUUCAAAAUCUGUGGGGAGGAACCACGCCUGACAGGGCCUUUCCCCUGGCAACCUUCAGCAGCCCCAGAAGUGGUUCAUCAUUUCUUUUCCCUUUUCAAGUAAAGCAAAGGACAAAUGCAGGGAAAGAAACAUACAGACACACAUAAUGAACAAAAAAUAAAAUUCUAUGCAAAAGGGAGGGGUGAAAAGAUGUUGGUAUCUUUUGCAACUCUGCUGUGGAUUCCGCUACUUUUACUACCAUGACGUCUUCCUCCGUUGGCCUGCCUUUGGUUUUGCUCCCCUUCCAGAGAGGGCUGCCUGAUGUCCAACACAAAUAGAUGGAUUCUAGAUUCCGGGAUUAUUUUUCCUCGUCUUUCUUUGGACGCUCCAUGCCUUGCCUCAUUGUGCUUUCUGUUAUCCCCAGCUGUGCAGUGAGAAUGGGAAUAAUAAAAAACAAAUGAACACCCUCA